UUUAUCCGUCGCUGUUUGUUUCCUUCGCUUGCUCCUUGCACCCCUCCCGGCGGUCUGCCACGCCCCUUUCGCGGCUCAAUCCCCGCCCCUUGGUAUAAAUAGGCGGCGUCUCUCGAAACGGCUCCUCAGUCGCGGUCCCGCCUUGUUCGACGGCGCUGAAGCCCAGGAGGCAGGGAGAGAGAGAGAAAGAGCGGAAUCCACCGGGCGCUCCCUCCCUCCCUCCCUCGCACUCGCCGGCGCGCUCGCACAAGCCGUGAGGGGAGCCAGACGGGCAGGCGAGCGAAGGACCGGCUGAGUGAGUGAGUGAGUGAAGGGAGGAGUUUUCUCGCUUGCUCGCAGGGCGUCGCCGCCGGUCAGUCUCCACGCAGAGCGGGUGGCCGAGCGAGGAGGACAGAGCAUGGCGCUCUCGGUGCCGGUCAACGGGGUGAAGGAAGAGGGCGACAAGCAGCCUCUCAUCGAGCUCUUCGUCAAGGCUGGAAGUGAUGGUGAAAGCAUAGGCAACUGCCCCUUUUCUCAGAGACUCUUCAUGAUUCUGUGGCUGAAAGGAGUGGUAUUUAGUGUAACAACAGUUGACUUGAAAAGGAAACCUGCAGACCUUCAGAACUUGGCACCGGGGACUCACCCGCCCUUCAUAACAUUUAACAAUGAGGUGAAGACAGAUGUGAACAAAAUUGAAGAAUUUCUCGAAGAUGUCCUCUGCCCACCCAAGUACACAAAGCUUUCACCAAAACAUCCAGAAUCAAACACUGCUGGAAUGGACAUCUUUGCUAAAUUUUCUGCAUUUAUCAAGAAUUCCAGGCCAGAAGCAAAUGAAGCCCUGGAGAGAGGCCUUCUGAAAACUCUGCAGAAGUUGGAUGAGUACCUGAAUACACCUCUCCCUGAUGAGAUUGAUGAGAACAGCAUGGAGGAUAUCGCAGCUUCCACCCGCAAGUUUCUGGAUGGUGAUGAGAUGACGUUAGCAGACUGCAACUUGUUGCCCAAACUACAUAUUGUCAAGGUUGUGGCCAAAAAGUAUCGCAACUUCGAUAUUCCCAAGACAAUGACUGGGAUUUGGAGAUACCUGACAAAUGCCUAUGGUCGUGAUGAAUUCACCAACACUUGUCCUGGAGACAAAGAGAUUGAAUUCGCCUACAGCGAUGUAGCUAAGAGGCUCACUAAAUAAGCAGUGUUUCGCACACAUUUCAUAACGAAACGCUUCUUUUAACAGACUGCUCCCCUUUUGUCUUUUUAAGAUAGUGAUUUACUUUGCAUGUACUUGCAGUUAUUCAGUGUUACAUUGGGUAGACCAGGUAUUUUUUCUCUUUCAAAAAAUGCAAACCAAUGUUAUGCCGUUUGCUUGCUUUGUAUCCUAUAAUAAGCAAGCUGAGCACAGCAGUUAAUGUUGCAGUGAAGCAAUUCUGGAACCUGGCCCAGAACUGCUGAGUGGGACCCCUACUUUUACUACCUGGGCCUGCAGAUCCUGGGUCUCAAUUAGGUAGGACAGCCAUCUUACAUAGUCCAAGGAACCGAGUGGUAAAGCUUUUCCUGGAUUGAGCAUUUCAGGUAGUGGGAGUGGAGUGCAAGUUUGAACACUUUCCCUAUAUUAGAAGGCACCUUCUCUCUCUUGUCUGCACACACUUGGCUUGUUGGGGAGAUGGCUUCAGCAUACUCUUCUCCCAUAGAAUAUUUUAAUGCGCAGAAUUUUAUUCAUUGCAGAGCGAAUACAGCCUCUGCAGCUCCAAACUUAGGUGAUUCAGCCUAAGGAAAGGUUGUUGUUGUUUUUUACCACUUGCUUCUUCUGAUUAUAUAAAGUGGCCUUUAAAUCUCAAAUUGCAUCUUGGGAUUUUCAGAUUUGUCUAGGAAGCACUUCUUGGUGUGAUUUAAGGAUUAUUUAUGUAUUUUUGAGAUGCUGUUGCAUACCAGAGCUCUCCUGAAACACUGUACCUGCUGGUCUGUCUGAACAGUGCACCAAAGUCUCUUACUGCCUCACCGAAAAGAGCUGCAUGCAAAACCUUUGGGCAAGCAUGCCUGCUCAUGAGGAAAAAGGCACAUUUCAACAAGUUCAAAUGCCACAAGCUGUGACCCAUAGACACCAGGAACCCAAUAAACUGUGUUCUUGGUGGUGACAAGGGUUCACUGCAUAUGCUUGCAUUGGGGGGUCGAGGGGGAGUACAUAAGUCUCCAACUGAUUGGAUCAAAAAGCAAGACAACUUUAUUGGAUGAAGCACAAUAAUCCAAGGCCAUAAUAGCAAGUUGAUUUUUUUUUUAAGGCACUAGGAGGCUUGUCAAUAUGUGGGAUUUAUUUCUUAAGUAACAUCAUUCCAAACCUGAGCUGUCAAGCAGCCUAAAUAUGCCAGAUGUUUCUACUCAACAUGUAACUACUCUUUUAUGUUGCUAGCAAGAAGUGCUGUGGUUGGGUGCCAGGGGUGCUUUCUUCUCACUGUGCUAAUGUCAGAUUCCUGCAAGUAACUAUUUUUUAUUUUUAAAUAUGUGCAAGUGGCCUUUAGAUACCAACUGUUUUGCCUUACGUGCAUAAUUCCAUAUUGAUGGUUUUCUCCUUGGUCGUUUGUAAGUGUGGAAUGUGGAGUUCUCAGCCCCUCUUUCAAUUGUUUCUCCCUUCAAAUAAGUCACAUCUGACUGCUAUAUAUGUACCUGAUCUAUAUUUUUUCACAUCACAAUCAUUAACACAUUCAAGGUCCAAGUUGUGUAUUUCUAGAACAGCACCAAGGAAUAGGACUGUAAAAAAAAAUGGUUUGUGUUUCUGACUUGGGUUUUCUUUAAUAAAAGGAAAGGCAGGAAUUUGAGGCAUGGAGCAAACUUUCUAUUUAUUUUAAAAGCCAUCAAAGACUACUCCAGCCAAUCAACACUAGUCUUCUUGCCAGCAUACCUUUUGUAACUUUUACACUGGAGUGUACAUUUUUAAAGCACGUAUAAGGGCUCCUGUUAACAGACUUUCUGCGGCCCAACUCUGUACAUACUUGCUCAGAAGCAAGUUGCACUGAGUUUGGCGUGGUUUAUUCCCAAGUACAUGUGUGUAGCAUUGCAGCCUGGCUUACUCAGCAUAAGUGAGGGCAUGGAAGAGGAUUAGGGAACCUUUUUCUUGUACAAAAUUUCAUUUCGGUGAGGGACUUGGUGUUAAGAGCCUUAGGUUUGUGGUUUUUUUCUUCUUUUAAAUCUAAGAAUCAUACUUACAUUGUGAUCUGAUCCAAUAAGUAGAUACAUGAUUUCAGUAAUAGCUUUGUAUUUGUUAUACAUGCCUUUGUGGUGCCUUCUUUCUCUUUGCCAGUAUUCACAAAAGCCAGUCUUAGGCUUAAGGGUGGCCCCAAAGCAUCCUGCAGCUUUGACACAAAACACGAGAAGGUGGAGCCUUUUCUAGCAUGUUUGUACCUCUUAGUUUAAUUUCACUGGCCCGAAAUCUGCUCCUCUUCUUGCUGAUUUUGCCUUUAAGUCAGUUGACAGGCUUGCUGUACACAUUUGGCGGGUAAGGUACCCAAAGGGUAGAAUUGUGCUGUACAGCAUGGUGAAUCUUAUACAUAGGGCGGUUGUCCUGCUAAUGCCCACACUUGUUUGCCUUCCAGUUGUCAUUUUGCCUGGCAAAUUUAAAGUUUCAGAUUAGAAGGUAGGAUGACCAGUGUGACCAGAUGGGAUUCGAGGAAAAAGUUGGUCAGAUGUGGGCCAUUAGCUCAAAUUCUUGCCAAGUCACUGUCCACAUAACCACCUCUUAUGUAACUGCUAUUUCCCCAUCUGGUUACUGGAUCCAUUUAGCCCGGAACUGGUGCUUGGUGGAUUGUGUUUAUUUGAAAGCGUACCUUUAAUGAGUCAUGAAGGUAAAUAACUUGGCACCUCCCAACAGUAUCAGUCAAAUGGGAGGAAGCAGCCUGCCAAUUUAUUUUAAAUUACACCGCAGCACAGGACAACCUUUAUCAUUCGAUGCUGAUUAUGCCUUAGUACUGUUUGACGAAACCUUUCCGGCUUGAAAUGUAGGCAGUAGUUGAAUCUUAUGCUCUUGAUUCUAUUAAGUUGGAGCAGAGAAGUCAUUUGGAAGUACAGUAUAUUUUACAGAGAAGCAUUAUCUCUUCCUCUGUAAUAUUGAUGUGCAUAAAUGUUCUCUCGUGUGACCAGUUAUCCACUUGGUGUGUAGUAGAGGCAGUUUCUCCCACAAGAUAAGGUGCAUAAUUUGUGGUUGCAAGUGAUCAACCAUUUGGUUAACUUUAGCAGCCCACAUGGGUGAAAGCAUUCAGUUUUCCUCUUGAAUGAAUAAAGAGAUGGGCGUGUGUUUGUGGAUGGGGGGCUUCUGUCAUCAAAUGGGAAUUUUUUUUAUAGUUACGUUUUUGCAACAGAAAUGUGAAAGGAAUUCCUGUUAGUUGACCUUUGUUUAGCCUAUGAAAUUGGUAGCAUUCAUAUACAGAUUAACUUUCUGGAAGACAGAGAAAACCCCAAGUUUGAUUUAACGUUUAUUCUUCCAAGGUUGGAGAGAAGGGAGUGCGGAAAGACAUGUGUUAUACCUACUGUAUUUAUAGUUUGGGAACUUGCCUAACCUGCACAAAACUGAAGAGUUAAUGAUCUUGCCACUUGCCAGUUUCUUACAAAAAUGAUAUUUUUUAUGUACAUAUGCAUUCUUAACAGAAUUUCAGACAUUCUGCUUCUAGCCAUCCAAAAUAGCAAAUGUUGGUCUAAUUCUCACAGACAUUCCCCCAGCCCACCAUCCUCAGACUUUUGAACAUGGGAUGAUAGUUGCAUGAGAGCCAGAAGUGUGAGCAAGAGCAGCUCCUUGUAGCAAUUCCUUAAAUGUUCCUCCUGUAUUAAUGUGACUUCCAAAAUGCCUUUUCACUCCUAUAGCCAAAGAUGUUUUAAAUUCCCAUUCUAGUUGUCAGUCUAGGAGCAUUUGAGGAAUCACUCCUUUGCCUAAACCCGGGCGGUGGAAGGUGGAAUCUGUGGCCCUCUUGAUGCUGCUUGAUUCCCAGCUCCCAGGAGCCCCGGCGGGCACAGUCAAAGGUCAGAAUUAUGGGAGUUGCAGUCCAGCAACAAGGCCACAGCUGACAUGUCUCACUUUUGCCCUAAAGAUAGGCAGGAGUGUUAAUAUUUAGAAUGAUUGAAGUCAUCUCAGAACUGGUAUGUCUGGGGAAAUUCUGUGCAUGUAUUAUUGUUAGCCACGGGAUAGUUGUGCCAUUGAAAGAGCCUGCUGGCUUGGACCACUCUGAGAGGCAGUUCCUACUGAAGGGGAACAACCCAAUUGGCUGCAUCUAAUGUUACUCUGAGUGCAGAAUGCGGCUUGGAUUCUGCUUCACAAGUAACAAGAAGGGUUGAGGUGGUCCUGAAGUCCUUUCUGCAAACAUAAUCCAGGAGGAAAAGUCUUUGCCCUCAUCCUAUGCCCUUUGAUGUCAUGACACUAUGGAUUCCCAUGUUUUGGAUGAUGCAUUGUCCACAUGCUCUCUGUUGGGUCAUAUUUAUAUAAGAUAAUUGGCCAUUCUGCUUAUUUUGUUUAUAGUGAAAUAGAAUUUCUUUUAAAAAGAAAAGCUGUGGGUUAUAUCCAGUGUUAGUCAUACUCCAUCAGAGUAGACCCAUUGAAAUGAAUGGGCAUAAUUAAUUUGGGCUCACUCAUUUCAGUGGGCCUAUUCUGAGUAGCACUUGUAGUGACUACAACCCAGAGAAUUAAAAUUGCAUGACUUAUAUAUAUAUCAAGGGAUGCCUUUUUAAUAAGGUCACUUUUGCUCAGCAGGCAGAGCCUUGAGGAACAAAGAGAACAGGUGGAGCACUUCUCUCAAAAGUGUGCAGAGCAUUUGUGAAAUCAUUACACUUGUCUGACUCACACACGAACCAGUGUGCCGCAUUCUGGGCACGGAGGGGUAGGAAAGCAAACCUCAGGUUCCCCACCUCUGUCAAGUCCUUCCUGUGGGACUCCAGCUCUCAUGAGCCCCAGCCAGCACAGCUGAAGAUCAGGCCUCUGUAACAAAAGUAUUUUCUGUGGACUCGGCUCAACAUGCAUUUGUGCACAAAUUGUUUCUGUUUUAUGUUAUCAGCCUCUAAAAGUUGUGGGCCACAGAAAUUGGUCUAGCCUAUCUUACUAUGCUAGAGCUAUGUGCAAAUAUUAACAGUGACAAAGAGCAACCAGUUUAGAAAUCUGGCCAUUCUAGGGCCUACCAGUGUCUAAAUGUAACACACGAAGGUGUUCUAAUUCAUACUAAAAGUGUUAUGUAUAGUGGGGGGCUACAUGUGAGAGCUGAGGUCUGGCUUCAUUCCCUAGUGCUUGAAGCAUAUUUUUUUUUGGGGGGGGGUGGAACCUUGGUUAUCACUCACCUGCCUACCUGCCUUUCUGUGAAAUGUUGCUUUAAGAGGCAAUGCUAAAUCAACCCUUCAUUCUAAAAAUGAAUAACUGUCCCCUCCCAGCUGUGACUUUUAUUCCAUGUUAAAACCACAAUUGCUUAGAUACAGUCAAGUUCCUUCUUAUCCUUUUGAACAUACCUGAAAAGGUUGUUCUGAGCAAACCGUGUUUUAAAAAUAUAUAUCAUCCUGUUUUAUCUGCUCAACUGUUGCAUCUGGGUGGGCGGGGGCACAGAUUCCCAAGAAUGGGCAGGGCAUCGAUUUGGCGUUUGUACAGAGAUACCUGGAAUCUCUUAUGAUAUAUUGUAAUAUGCUUCUCUUUUCACUUUUCUGGAAUAUCUUUUACAGGUAUACUGGCAAACUGCUGGCAGCUGUUUUAAAAAAUAAAAUUUAUAUUUUUCACUUAA